CGAGCAGGAGUUCAGCAUUUUGUUUACCCACCAAACCCCCUCGGGCCGGCCCCCGUCGCCAAGCUGCCGCUGACAGUUAACUGGUAGGAUCAGUCUUUUGUUGACUUAGCUCAAAUUUGACAAGUUACAAACACCACACCCCCACUGCCACAGUCCCCCGGGAGCCCGUGGAGAGAAGACCUUAUUCUACUGAAGGUUCUGCACACACCAGGACCCCAGAGACUCGGCUUCACACACACACACACACAGACACACUGUGUGUUUCGACAGGGGACAGGAGCGGUGGGCCGGUAGUGGACUUGGAACUGCACUUACCUCCAGACCCGUCCUGUGUAUCAGGGAAUCCGCCCUCUGAUCUCCGGCUCUCCACCAUCAGUCCAUCAUGGGCAAACCCAACAGCAAACCCACUUCGAACGCCUUCCAGACCUCCAAAUUCUUCCCCUCUUUCAAUCACACGUCAACCUACACCCAGCCCCCCUCGGAUGAGAACGUGGCCCCUCGACCCAGCAUCUUCGCCACGCUAAGGAAGCCCCCCGUCGCCAAGCCCAACGAUUUCAUACCUCUGUUCAACGACUGCAUCACGGCUGCCGCGUCCAGAACGCAGGAGUACCUCCUCUUCAAAGACCCCGAGGACAAGUUCCACCCGACCCCCGAGGUGCUCACUCAGGUCUUCCUGAUGACCUACAUAACCCAGAGUCUCAGCCUCAACAUGACAGACACCUUCAACUGCACCGCCAUGACCCCCGAGCAGCGCAUCCUCCUCGGGGCCGACUGGGUCUGGGCCUUGCUGCAGAAGCCCACCAAGAACCCUCGGAUCCAGAUCGCCGUGCAGAUCCUGCACCUGCCGGAGAGGGAGGACUCCGAGGAGAACGGCGUCUCCCCGGAGGGCUUCAGCGAGUCCCUCCUCAUGGCCCAGAAGGCGACGGGCAACAGGACCAUGUACGAAAGGUUAGUGGACUUCUGCGCUUCUGUCGGCAAGGACUGCUACGCCCUCUUCUUGUUCUUCGGGAAGAAAAACGACAAGGGCAACAUCUACGGCGUCCUCAGCAACAACUUCGAGGCGGCCAUCGGGAAGUGCGACACGAUCGACCGGUCGUUCAUUGAGAACUUCUUCAAAGGUUCAAGGUAUCUCCACACACCUUCAGGAAUGAUGCAGGCGAUCGUCACCAAGAAAGAGGGAGAUCCUCUCACUCUCAUGAUUAAAUUCAGCUGAACCAAAGGAACUCACGAUACAAGACCAAAGGAAAACACUCGAUGUUAUGUGAUAAAUCAAGUUUGAUAAAGUUAGAGGAGUUUGAUAAAGAGUUGUUGAUGGAGCGUCUUACGUCCGUCCAGAGUUUUCUGUUGUUUACUUGAUCCUUUUUCCAAAUAGCUUGAACCGAAGACUUAACACAUUUCUACACAUGAAUUUAACACGUACGACAGUUACAUGUAACUUCAGCUCCGACGUUCGACAUUUUACAUUUUCACUUAACUUUCUAUGAAAUACCAUAACAGGGGGCUCAAGUUUUUGUUGGUGACCGGAAAUCUAGAUGGUUCUGAAUGCAGCGCGUGGAUGUGUUACAGAGAAGUUGGGUUUAAGUCUUUUUUAUUUAUUUUUUAAAACCGUGUGUAUUCCACAGUGUGAGAAGUGAGAACUUUUGUACUGGUGGUCGAAAACACACAGAAUCAUCCUUUUUAUUUAAAACUCUCUCACUAUAUUUGGACAAUAAUCUAAAGUGAGUUUCACCAAAUCCGUCAGAUUUCUAUAUUUAUCUGUUCUCACAGUUUACAUUUGACUUUGUUAAGUACAGAACUAACAAACAAUGGUUCUGUUCUGUUCCAGUGUGAAACCAGU